GUGAACCUUUUUUGUUGGCCACACACAUGCACCUGAUAGAGUACUGUUUAACCUGCUCAUUGGUGGUGGGGUUCUUACUUUCGGAUCAUAAAACACUUAUAGCUUUUGUAUACUCUAAGCGACUUUUCCUCAAUUCAUUCUUUUCACAAGCUCUCCUGGGUGGUGGUGGUGGAGACCCUUGAGGGCAUUCCGCAGUUGACAGUGCCAAGGUGGCUGGUGGAGAGUCCAGUCCUUUGGCUUAGAAAAUCCAGUAGUAAUCACGCAUUCUUUCCAAAGAGUCAGCAGCACAGGUGCAUGUAUGUAAUACAUACAAGAUUCAGCAAUAAGUGAUUUCUCAACUUUGGCGUACAACUCGCCCUGUUCGACUCAUCAUCAUCAUCGUUCAUUGAAUAGGAGUGACUGACUGCUAUGCAAAGAGAAUGAAGGAGUCACGGGCAGUGUACAUGGGAGGAGUGAUAGCCUUGACUGCUGUGGCGUCGAUCUACUUGGUGGUGGGGGUGUGGGGCUGCAACGAGGCUGUGUGUGCCUCCAUCGUGUCGAAAUGCACUCUGACCCAAGCUUGCAAGUGCACUCUUACGAACUGCACCUGCUGCAGAGAGUGCUUCGACUGUCUCACCUACCUCUACGAUGAGUGCUGCUCUUGUCUGGAGUUGUGUCCUAAACCCAACCUGACGACCAGUGUAACGAUGCACUCGCAAGUUGGUGACCUCAAGGAGCCCAUGCCGGACCUGUUCAACAUUCUGACAGAGGAGAAGGACCUGCAAGGUCGCUGGGCUACCUUCACCUAUCCAAUCGACAUUGAUCAGUCCUGGUUCCAGCCAAAGGUGGACACGCCCCCAAACAAAGACGUUGUGUCCUUGGCAGGUGGGAAGAUUCUCGUGGACCCAUCCAAGGAGGUGAUCACAGUGAACUGUACAGUAGCCUACAUGUCGCAGUGCAUGCCACUGAACAAGUGUCGCAACUCGUGCCAUUCUAUGGGCGCAUCCUUCUUCCGAUGGUUUCAUGACGGUUGUUGCCAGUGUAUUGGACGCACUUGCUUACACUACGGGAUUGAUGAGAGCAGAUGCAGCUCUUGCACCUUGGGCGACGAUUUAGAGGACGACGUGGAAGAAAUUGACGAGGUGAGCAGCAACAACAACUCACCGGAGCAGACCUCCUCCAACAGGGACACUCCCAACACAUGAAGGACCACACAUUUUUACAAUGGCUCUCUCAAUCCAAAGUAUGCAGCAAACAGGAGGAGGAGGGAGGAAGACUGAAUGAACUCCCCAUAUUUUUGCCUAAUGAAGCUAUUUUAAUAUAAUAAUGUAAUUAUAUGUACAAUUUCAAAAACUAUUUUUAGCCAUACAUGUUUAAAUCAAAAAUGACGGACGGAUACAGAUGUAUGCACAUACAAUGUAAUGAAUUCAAUAAAUAAAUACGAAAUAGGAA